AUCCCCCCACUGCCUCACAACCUCUUUGGUAAACAGAAAGAAAACAAACACAUCUUUUAAAAAAUGGUUCCUAAUACCACUCAGUUGCAGUCGUCGGUCCUGUUCAAAAAUCAAAGCUUUCGCAAUGCUGUUACCUACUCUGGGUAUCUUUGUAGUUUCCGUGAUCGACCUCUCUACCCUUCCUUCUCCAUUCAGCCUACCACCUUCUCAAAAUAUGAUAUGAAUAUACCUGCAUAUCUUAAGAAUCUAGGAUGGGAUUCUCUGAUUAAAGUGACGCCUGAGUUGCUGGCGUCAGUCUUGGAACUCCCUCAUGGUGGGAUUCAGGCUGGAACAGACAGGGAGUUCUAUCAGUCUGGCUUCCGGUUCGAUCACGCACUUGAAUCCCUGGUUCGUGACAUAGGCCGCUGGUUUCCAUCCAAACUCGCCGCUGGCAGGUUGCCAGAUGAUCUCAAGGUGGUGUUCUUCUUUCUCGCGCGCUGGUUCCUGCCUCGUGAUCUUACCAACACUAAUCUCCUCCAUUCUCCUGACCUCUGGGUUCUUUUUAAUGCGAGUGCUGGUUGUCGCAUUAGUUAUGCCUCUCUCAUGUUCCAGCACAUGAUAAAUUUUGGGCGUGAAUACUACAGUGGUCCAUUGCCAUUUGGCCCUCAAAUCACGCAUUUUAUAUAUCGUUUGGGCAUUGACUUACGUGAUAAAGUUAUUGUCUGUGAUGUUGUGGAUGAUUUGCGUCCUCAGCACGUCCUUGCUCGUCUCGAUGCAUUGGUUGGUCCCCGUAAGCCUGUCACUAGCUUAGGGGGAGUGAACAGUCAUCAACAGAUUGCUACCUCGGCUCUUGUUAAUGUAGCUGCUGCAGCAUUUAAACAAGAUGCUACUACCAAGAGUGGUCCAAAGAGGAAGCUAAUGCUUGAAACGGAUUUGAUGUUACCAAAGUUUGUAUAUGAGUCUAAUCAGAUCAGUGAUCUGAUUACUCUAGAUUCAGACUCUAGUGAUGAGGAUAGGGUUUUAGGAUAUGCAUCACCUCCUAACUAUCCGUUUUAAGAAGUGAUCUGAAGGCAUAGUUGAGCCUUAGGACAUUAUCUUAUGGUCUUUUGAGUUGUUUGUCGAGUCGAGGAUUUCUGUCUUUGGGGGUUUUUGUCUUUGGAUAUUGUUUUGAAAGAAGAAUAAAUGAAUGAAUAAAUG